UUGCACUGCAUCCUUCACUUGACUAGGAACAACUCUCUCUGUCUAGAGGGAAUUGAAUAGGAAUACUUCAUAUUCCGGUGACAAUGGAGGUCCCCACCAAGUCGAUUUUUGUUUCUGCAUUGGUGCUUUUACUACUCUUCGUAGGAACUAUGGCCUCUGUUAAAGAUGACCUCUCAAACAAAUUACCGGAAGAUGUUGAUGGGAAUGAGCAUGCAGUUUCUAACCCGGAUGAGGUUGCUGCCAUGGUUGAUAUGAGCACCCGGAACAGCACUGAGCGGAGAAAAUUGGGGUCUUCCACCUGUGGAACAGGCAAUCCCAUAGAUGACUGCUGGCGUUGUGACCCCAACUGGCAUCGCAACCGUAAGCGCCUUGCUGAAUGUGGCAUUGGUUUUGGCCGAGACGCCAUUGGAGGCCGUGACGGUCACUUCUAUGUGGUAACUGAUUCUAGUGAUCAUGACCUUGCUAAUCCCAAACCUGGUACUCUGCGCUACGCUGUAAUUCAGGACAGGCCUCUCUGGAUUGUUUUCAAGCAUGACAUGGUGAUAAAACUGUUCAAGGGACUUAUUAUCAACAGUUUCAAAACGAUUGAUGCUCGAGGGGCAAAAGUCCACAUUGCUUAUGGAGGGUGCAUAACCAUUCACUAUGCCACCAAUGUUAUUAUUCAUGGUCUACAUAUCUACAACUGCAAGCCCACUGAAAAUGCUGACGGAGAUGCCAUUUCCAUCUCUGGAUCAAGCCACGUCUGGAUUGAUCAUAAUACGUUAUCUAAUUGUACAGAUGGCCUUGUUGAUGCUGUCAUGGGCUCAACCGCUAUAACAAUUUCAAAUAAUCACUUCACCCGUCAGAACCAGGUUAUGUUGUUGGGGCACAGUGAUUCCUAUGUGAAGGACAAGCAUAUGCAAGUAACUAUUGCUUACAACCGUUUUGGGGAAGGCCUUGUUCAAAGAAUGCCAAGAUGUAGACAUGGGUAUUUUCAUGUAGUUAACAAUGACUACACUAACUGGGAGAUGUAUGCAAUUGGUGGAAGUGCGAAUCCUACCAUCAACAGCCAAGGAAAUAGAUACCUUGCCCCGAUUAAUCCUUUUGCAAAGGAGGUGACAAAGAGAAUACAAACACCUACUGAGCACUGGAACGGUUGGAAUUGGAGAUCAGAAGGUGACUUGUUACUCAACGGAGCCUACUUCACUCCGUCUGGAGCAAAAGCUACAGCCAGCUACGCCAAAGCUUCAAGCUUAGGGGCACAAUCUUCUUUGAUGGUUGGUGCAAUUACUUCUGGAGCUGGCGUUCUUCACUGUCGUAGAGGCCAUCAGUGCUAGUAAUCACCCAGUAGAUCCAUAAAAGUUCCUCAUUCGUCUUUUUACCCCUCUCUUCAAAGUCUCUGUGAAUUCCAUAUUUACCAAUAUGCAUGUCUUAGGCUCUUAGCUCACCUACAAUUUAGUAGUCCGUCUUUAUAAUUAUAUUUGGCAAGUGCACAAUUAUUGCACAUGUCAAUCGUUUAUCCUCCCUACAAAUCUUCUUCAAAUCAUGGUUGUGCAACCUCAGCCAGUGCUUCAACUAAAUCACUAAUCUCAUUCAAGUAGUGCAGAAGUGUAGCGGUUUUCUUAUCUUUCUGUUCUCUUUUGCUUUGCCCUUCGAAUCCUAAAGCAUUCCUUUCGUCUUCCUACUUACUACCCUUCUUGCUACAACUAGCUUACUGUCCAAACUGAUCUAUCUCUGCAACUGGGCAAGUACAUCACAGUGUGUUGGCAUUUGGAUAUAUAAUAUAGGAACAAAAUGGGUUCCUCACUAGCUAUGAUUUGUUAGGCUUUAUUCCAUGGACGUGUAAAUUAUGUAAUUGUGAAUAUAAGAGGUUGUUACAGAAAGAUUAAGGUUUUGUAAUUUUAUGAUGCUAUACACUGCAUUCUUACUU